UAAGCGCGCGGACCGCCUCUUCCCCACAAAACACACCCGCCUCCACGCCCGCAACCUCUUCAUCUCGCACAUCCCACUGCACCACGACUGAAUCACCCUAGACGAUAGACAUCAUGAGCAACACUGAAUGGGACAGCAAGGUCGUUAUCGGCUCCAAGGGCAAGGUCCCGAAAGUGACCAAGAACUCCUCUGAUCUGAAUGGGGCUCAGGCGCGGCGAGUGGGUGCUGUCGUGGCGACAGACAGGAAGAUGACCGCUGGAUCGAACAAGGCUCACGUAGGAACCGACCACCAGCGCAUAGCCAAGCUCGACCGUGAAAACGAGGUUGCGCCACCGCCCAAGGUCGCGCCCACCGUGGGCAAGGCCAUCCAGACGGCGCGCAUGGAGAAGCAGUUCUCGCAGAAGGACCUCGCGCAGAAGGUCAACGAGAAGCCGUCCGUCAUCCAGGACUACGAGUCCAGCAAGGCGAUCCCGAACCCGCAGAUCCUCGGCAAGCUCGAGCGCGUCCUCGGCGUGAAGCUCCGCGGUCAGGACAUCGGCAAAAAGCUGGGGGGGCCGAAGGCGUCGUAAGGCGGCCCCUCCACGAUGCUGCUUGCGACGCCUGUCCCGUCGACCCGAUGGAUGGUGGACGAUGGACGAUGGAUGUGUAGUUGAACCAUCUUUUUUCUGCUCGCUGUUUAACUAGAUUUGCGCGCGUGCGCUGUCCCCGACCCACGAUUGUCCCCAUCACUAUAAUCCUAGUUGCCAGUGUAUGAUCAGAACAUCCCGGUGUUUGUUGCAGUUGUACUGAACCGUACAGUAGUGCGCGCGCUCCCGGGCCCGCGAUGCUGGUUCCGGCCUGUCUGAGUCCGUAUACACGUGGUCACGGGGCUAGGAAGUCGUUUGUUUUCAUGCCGGCGCAU